CUGUGGAGGCGGCGGCCAUCUUGGCGGCGGAGCGAUGAGCGGGUCCAACCCGAAGGCUGCGGCCGCUGGGUCGGCGGCUGGGCCUGGGGGGCUGGUGGCCGGCAAGGAAGAGAAGAAGAAGGCGGGCGGCGGCGUGCUGAACCGACUCAAGGCGCGGCGGCAGGCGCCCCACCACGCGGCAGAGGAUGGCAUCGGGGCGGCGGUCACGGAGCAGGAGCUGCUGGCUCUGGACACCAUCCGGCCCGAGCACGUCCUGCGCCUCAGCCGGGUCACCGAGAAUUAUUUAUGUAAACCCGAAGAUAACAUCUACAGUAUUGAUUUCACUCGUUUCAAAAUUCGAGACUUGGAGACAGGGACAGUGCUCUUUGAGAUUGCCAAACCCUGUGUUUCAGACCAAGAGGAGGAGGACGACGACGAAGGUGGGGACGCGGAUAUCAGUGCAGGACGUUUUGUCCGCUAUCAGUUCACACCAGCCUUUCUCCGCCUCCGGACAGUCGGAGCAACAGUGGAGUUCACAGUGGGAGACAAACCUGUGUCAAACUUCCGGAUGAUCGAGCGGCACUAUUUCCGGGAACGCUUGCUGAAGAACUUUGACUUCGAUUUCGGCUUCUGCAUCCCCAGCAGUAGAAACACUUGUGAACAUAUCUAUGAGUUUCCCCAGCUUUCUGAGGAUGUCAUUCGUCUGAUGAUUGAAAAUCCCUAUGAGACCCGUUCUGACAGUUUCUACUUUGUUGACAACAAGCUGAUAAUGCACAACAAGGCUGACUAUGCCUAUAAUGGAGGCCAGUGACUGCUGCAGGAGUGGACGGGGAGGUGCUUUGCUGUGGCCCAAGGUCCUGGCACAUGGAGGUGGUUGAACCUGCUGUUCGUCCACACACAUCUGGAGCCUCAUCCCGGGAAGCCAAGGCUGGCGUGGUAGUUUCCUGUGCUCAAGAGAGGUGCCAAGCAGUGCUGUGUUUUCUUCCCCAGUAUUUUUUCUUCCCUUUUCCCUGCCCCGUAGGUCGCAGAGGUACUAGAGUAAAGUAAAGGAUUAGGGUCAGGUUCCUGGAGUCCAGAGAAAAAAGAAAGUCUAUUUUCCUCUUGUCCUAGCUGCCUGCUGGUUGUGCUGAUGAGCCUGGGUCUCUGCAGGCACAGCUGUGUCGGGGUGAGGAGGCUCUGGCCGGCCGGCUUGCAGCAGCUUCUCCGUAGCUUCCUGGGCACGGUGAGAAGCUGACAGCUAGGCCUCUUCUAGGCGAUUCCUCCUCUUGCUUACAGUGUUGCUGUUGGCAUAGUGUGACCUCAGUUUGUGUGUAGUUCUAAAGCAACUGGAAAGAAAGGGGGUGGUGGAAGGGUGCCAAGAGUGGGGGUGCAGGGGGCCGCUAGGGCUGCCAAACUGAAAGGUCCAUGUUGUGGCGAGGCCUGCUUCUCUGUCUGACUUCCAGGAUCUUCCACCAGCCCUCCUGGGGACACACCCAAGGUUUCAGCCUGGCAGUGCCUUCCUGUUGCCAUUUUGGAAGAAAGAUGAGCUUGCUCUGCUUGUCCUCCCUCCUAACUUUUGAGUAUCUCCUGAAAUAGACUGUCAGUUUUGUGCUUUUGGAACAGUAGGAUCUCUUGAGGCCACAGCAGGCCUUGUAUUUUGUGUUGGUUUUUUUUUUUCCCCCCCCUUAGUCUUCUUUUGGGGAGGUUUUAUAAGACUACCGUGGUGUUCCCAGCAUAUAUGGUGUGUGGUUAGACUUCUGAUAGUAUUAAACAGACGCCUGGGGCUAAUCUGGCUCAUGUUGGGGCCUGGGAUAGUUACCGACCAGCAGCUACUUAAAGGAGGGAUUUGAUUUUCUCUACACAGGAGAGCCUGCAGGAUUGGCUUAUGAUGUGGAUUUGCCUCUGAAACUCUUUGUAGAUUUCUUCUUUAGGAGGAUUUUCCUGUCUGCCUUUCUCCUGAAAUAAUUUCUGGAACCAUCCUGGCAGGUCAGACCUCAGUAAUGCAUAUUCCGAUCCUUCAUACUGCUAGUUGGAAUGUUUUUGGGUGUUUGGAAAAGAUGAAUGAAGUCGGCCGAGUUGGCUCUCAAAAGGUGUUCUCAGAAAACCUUCCCUGCACAUCCUUGUGGGCUACUUUUGUCCUCAGGCCCUUCCUGGAUAGCCUCAGCUCCUCCUGGUUGUCUGACUGGGGUGGCUGACCCUCUGAUAAGAUUGUUGCUGUGGCCAGGGUUUAGCAUUGAUAGGAAGGUAGCAGGAGGAAGGGCCUGGGCAUGAGGGAAUAGUCACUGUGAAGCAUCAUAGUAGCUGGAGAGCAGUCUCCCAAGAUGCUUGGGACAAAGACCACAUGGGGCCCAGGAUAGAAGGGCCAGCACUUUGCCACAGAAGUCUCCUGUGCAUUCGCUAACCAGUGUUGCUCCCUUUUUGGAUU